AUGGCGGAUGGAAAACCGGACGAGCAGCUCUUCCAGCUUCUUUCUGGUCUUCUCCAUCAGGUUGAAUCUUUGACGAAUACAGAGGAAGUGGAAUUACGUUCGAAGAUCGAAGCUCUUGGCUUAGAAGUCACCAAAGUGCCAUCAAAGUCGUCUCAGCCACUCACUGAGGUGGAGAUUGCUAAUGAAUUGGAUAAGUUAUCAGCAAAGCUUGACGAUGUUGAUGAGAUGAUCUCAUCUGCUCUUGCUUCUGAUCCUCAAGUUCAGACUCUUCUUAGCGGCACUGCUGAUGUUUGGUUGCCUGUUAUCACUGCCAACACCGAAGAGAGGCUUAACUUCACUGCCUCAAUCGGUGAUGAUGAUGUUGAUGAGGAUACUAGUACCAAUAAGGACAAGAACAACAGCUCGUGA